AAGGCCAAUCACAAAGGGCGGUAAUUAGCGAAUGAUUAUUCUAACCAUGGCUGUUUCUACCUAUACUGUGUACGGCAUUUAACCCACCCAGACAAACACACGCCUACUGGGGGAACACAACAGGCACGGUUAUAAACGUGUCUUGGAAAAGUGUCCCAAUGUUUAAUCCGUAGCCUAUUGUGUUUAUAUGUAACAGCAUUUUAUUUAUUUUAGUUAUUACCAUGUUGUGCUCGUUACGUUUCGUCCAUCGGUUCAAACACGCGUUAAAACCAGACACAGGCGCGCCGCUCCCGACUCUCCACGGGCGAUGAUAAGUUGGAGUGACUCGACUACAGCGCUGCUGCUGCUCGCGGUCACCAGAGAGCAGAGAGAGACGCCACCCCGCUCCGCGCUCGAGCCGCCAGUGCUGCUGCUCGCUACCCAAAAACAACUCACGAGGAUCUAGGCGACGAAUCGGCACUUUUUCCUCGCUGUGAACGAACAGGUGGCAUUGGGAAAACACUUCAACUUCCUACAAGGUUUUCCUGGGAAUUAUAUUUCAGCCUUCACCUUUUUGGGAAUGUUUUUUCUUGUGUCUUUGGAUGCCUCGCGCUUUCUAGUCGGAAUUACAAAGUAACAGGAGAAACACACACUCACCGGAGGAAAGAAUGAAAGUGACGGUGUGUUUCGGGAGGACUCGUGUGGUCGUCCCCUGCGGAAAUGGGACUAUAAAAGUGCAUAGUCUUAUCGAACAAGCGGCUAUGAGAUAUAAAAAGGUUAUCGCCAAGGACCAUAACUACUGGGUGCAGGUCCACAGGCUGGAGCAUGGAGACGGAGGCAUCUUGGACCUGGAUGACGUGCUGUGUGAUGUGGCAGACGACAAAGAUAGGCUGGUGGCCAUCUACGAAGAGCAGGACCCCCACAACGGUGGGGAUGGGAUCAGCUCCACGGGCACCCAGAGCCCUGAGCCCUUCCCCACGGACCUCAGCUCCACCAACGGCUCCUACCAGCCCUACCAGACCGCCAGCGAGAUCGAGGUCACCCCGUCCGCCCUGCUCUCCAGCAUGCCGCUCCACGUGCGCCGCAGCAGCGACCCCUCGCUGGUGGCCCCACCCCUGGGCUCCGAGGCCCAGGGGCUGGGGGGUCCGGAGGAGCCGUCCAGGAAGAACCCGGCCCGCUGGUCCACCACCACGGGCUUCAAGUACGGCCACAAGCCGGGCCCCGGUGCUGGUGCUGGUGCUGGUCCCGGUGCCGGGGCCGGGGGCGGCACCGGCAGCCUGGAACGCAAGGGGCGGGGAGCGCACGCCUACAGGAGCCUGCCACGGGACUCCGCCUGGGCGGCCCAGUUCCAGAGAGAGACCACCCGGUCGUCUCUCAGCGCCAACCAUCCCAUGGUGGACCGCUGGCUGGACCGGCAGGAACAGGAAGAGGACGAGGAAGGGGAAGUGGAGCACAUGAGGAAGGACGAGGGGAGGAAUGGACGGAUAGAGCCGUGGGGAAGGGCGGACUCGUCGCUGGAACACGCCGCCAUGUUGGGUUUAGAUGCGAUGCUGAAGCCGGUGGAGGUGGGCAACGAAGGAGGGCCCCUGGGGAUCCACGUGGUGGCACUCAGCUCUGUGGACAUCAGGACCAACGGCCUUCUGGUGAAGCGUCUGGAGCGGGGUGGCAAGGCCGAACAGGAGGGCCUGUUCCAGGAGAAUGACUGCAUCGUGCGCAUUAACAAGGCGGACAUUCGACACCUGCGAUUCGAACAAGCUCAGAACAUGUUCCGGCAGGCCAUGCGGACCCCGCGCAUCCUCUUCCACGUGGUGCCGGCUGCCCUCAAGGCCCAGUACGAGAUGCUGUCGGCCCCGGCCUCGCUCGCCUCGCCCACCUGCAACCGGGUCCGCUUCAGCCAGGACCCUCAGCGUCCGCCCGGCGACCGCUCCAGCGUGACCCCCCCGGGGGGCGGGGGCCUGGAGCGGGCCCAGCACAGGACGUCCCGCACCGGGCCACCCCCGAACACCCCUAAUCACAACAGCCACCAGCUCCCUCUGUCACGGAGCACCCCGGAGCCCGGACCCCGCUACUCCACCGGCCCCCCGGCCCUGGUGGUCCGGACACCCCCGGCCCCCCCGGCCCCGUCGCCCUCCCUGCAGCGCAGGGUCAGCAGCAGCCUCUCCACCGGCUCCUACUCCAUCAAGUCCGGCCGCAGGCUCCAUGUGAAGCUGAGGAAAGGUCCCGAGGGCCUGGGCUUCAGCAUCACCUCCAGAGACGUCCCCAUCGGCGGCAGCGCCCCCAUCUACGUCAAAAACAUCCUCCCGCGUGGCGCUGCCAUCCAAGAUGGCCGCCUGAAAGCUGGUGACAGGCUGUUAGAGGUGAACGGUGUGGAUCUCACCGGUAAGAGCCAGGAGGAGGUGGUGGCCCUGCUCCGUGCGUCCCCCAUGGAGGGGACAGUGGGCCUGCUGGUGCUCCGCCAAGAAGACCCCCUGCUGCCCAGAGAAGUGCAGCCGGACGACGAGGACCUGAUGCUGACGCCCGACGGCACGCGGGAGUUCAUGACCUUUGAGAUCCCUCUGAGCGAGUCGGGCUCGGCCGGCCUGGGGGUCAGCGUCAAGGGCAACCGCUCCAAGGAGAGCCACGACGACCUGGGCAUCUUCGUCAAGUCCAUCAUGAACGGUGGCGCGGCCUGCAAGGACGGACGCCUUCGCGUCAACGACCAGCUGAUCGCCGUCAACAGCGAGUCUCUGCUGGACAUGACCAACCAGGAGGCCAUGGAGAACCUCCGCACCUCCAUGUCCGUGGAGGGCAACAAGAGGGGGAUGAUCCAGCUCAUCGUGGCGCGACGGGUGGCCCAGAACAACGAGGAGGCCCCUGGCAGCCCGCCGGUGCUGGAGCAGUCUCUGAGCUCGCUGUCUGACGACCGAGAGCGGUGCAUCUCGCACUCCCUCUACGGCACCAUCGCCGGCCUGGACGACGUCUCGGCGCCGCGCGGCACCUCCCUCGGACGCAUGGCUAACUUCCAGCUCUCCCCCACUGUCAACAUGCCCCAGGAUGACAUCGUCAUGAUCGAAGACGAUAGGCCGCCCAUGCUUCCUGUCCACCUCUCCGACCAAUCGUCUUCGAGUUCCCACGAGGACAUGGGCUUUGUGGUGGGGAACCAGGUUCCCUGGAUCCACGAGCUGCCCAGUCACAAUGAAUGCUCGCUGAGCCCGGACACGGACGCAGACGGCUCCUUCCAGCGGGAGGGCUUCGGGCGCCAGAGCAUGUCGGAGAAACGCACCAAACAGUUUGAGAACCCCGCCCAGCUGGAGAUCGUCAAGACGCGCAAGUCCAAGAGCAUGGACCUGGUAGCUGAUCUGCCUAACUACUACCCCUGCUCAGCAAGCAACAGAGGAACCUCGGAACAGGAAGUGGGACCCUCGCUCGGCCUGAAGAAGUCCAGCUCCCUGGAGAGCCUCCAGACGGCUGUGGCGGAGGCGUCGCUCAACGGCGACAUCAACGUGCACAGGCCACGCCAACAUAUCAAUCGGGGGCGGGGCUGCAACGAGAGCUUCCGGGCGGCCAUCGACAAGUCGUACGACACGUCCGUUGCCGUGGCCACAGAGGAGGACAUCGGAAUGGAGACGUUGGACGAGGACACAGAGGGCAGCACCCGCUCAGGGAGGGACUCCCUCUCCACCACCGGGGACCCCCACUCCCCCGUGUCCCUCGGGCCGGGGCGUCGUCCACGGGACGACGGCAGGCUGCAACCCCCGCCCCCGGAGCAACGCAGCCGGAGGAAGAAGAAGAAGGAGCCGGAAGCAGAGGAAGAGUCAGUCGAUGGACCGGGGAAAAGCCCCAUGGACGGCAAAGAGCGGGAAAAGGGCCGAGGCAAGAAAGGCGUGCUGAAGGGCCUGGGCGACAUGUUCAGGUUCGGUAAGCACCGAAAGGAUGAGCCCCCUGGGGAGAGGAUGGAGAGGAAGGGGUCCAGUAAGUCCCGGGCCGGCGACGGCCCCACCUCCCUGGACGACACCGUGCAGAUGAGGCUGGAGCAAGAACGCUCGUGGUCUCUUAACCGCUAA